AUAAAUUUGUAAUACGUGCCGAGAAACAUGGCAGCAUGUAGAGUUUUAAUUAUAGUGUUGAUUUAAUAUUUGAUUUAAAGCAGUGGUAAAUUACAUGUUUUGAUUCUCAAUACCUAAUAAGGACAAACAUAUGGAAAAUAUCAAUCGACAAGUCUCAGUCAACGUGACUAUGUAGUUGGUUGGAGUAGAGUUCAAGUAAUGAUGGUGAUCGGCGGAAAUGUGAAAUAAACUAUUGAUGGAUUUGAUACAAAAUAGUUACACAAAAUGGUCAGAAGAUUGUCGACGACAAUGUCAAUCCUGAAUGUACACUUCUUUCGUACCUCCGAUUGAAACUGAGGCUAUGUGGCACAAAGCUUGGCUGUGGCGAAGGAGGAUGCGGUGCAUGCACUGUCAUGGUCUCAAAGUUCAAUAGAAAGAGACAGAAAAUAGAGCACUUUUCUGUAAAUGCAUGUCUGGCACCAGUUUGCUCAAUGCACGGUCUUGCAAUAACCACCGUAGAAGGCAUUGGCAGCACAAAGACCAAGCUCCAUAGCGUCCAAGAAAGAAUGGCUAAAUUUCAUGGCUCUCAGUGUGGCUUUUGCACGCCUGGGAUAGUCAUGUCAAUGUACACUCUUUUGCGUAAUAAGCCGAAGCCAACUGCAGAAGAUCUUGAUACGUAUUUUCAAGGUAAUCUUUGCAGAUGCACUGGAUACCGACCCAUAAUCGAAGGAUUCCGCACUUUUUCAGAAGAGUCAUGGCCAUCAUUCUCCGUGAACGGUGUAACCACUGACCAUAGCAACGGAAUUUUAAAUGGACAGUGCAGUUCGAAGCAGGGAUGCAAUGGCUCCGUCAAUGGAAAGUGUUGUAUGGAGACUAAAGAAAAGAAUAACAAUGCGGAAACUGUAGACCAAGUAGACUAUCAUCCUAUCGAUCUGAUGCCAUACUGUCCCGAUAGUGAGCCGAUAUUCCCAGCAGAGUUGCAGUUAAGAUCCGAUUAUGAUGAAGAACCUUUAGUGUUCCGAGGAAAACAUAUGCAUUGGUAUCGACCAACAACCCUUCAUAAUUUGCUGACAAUCAAAAGUGAGUACCCUCAUGCCAAAAUCGUAGUUGGAAAUACCGAAUUAGGAAUCGAGAUGCGGUUCAAAAAUUGUCAAUAUCCUGUAAUGAUCCAGCCAACAAAUAUUGAAGAGCUCACAAAGGUCUCUGAGAAUGCCCACGGUGUGGAAAUUGGGGCUUCUAUGACGCUCAGUGAAGUUGAGGAAAUCUGCUUGGAACAAGCUGCUGUGUACCCUCCCUGGAAGGUUCAGGUUUUCACAGAAAUUGCCAAAAUGCUGAAGUACUUCGGAGGCAAACAAAUAAGGAAUGUUGCUGCAGUUGGUGGGAACAUCAUGACCGGAAGUCCUAUAUCUGAUCUGAAUCCGAUAUUCCUGGCUUCUGGUUGUACGUUGCAGGUGAGAAGUUCUACAGAGACGCGAAUCAUUAAGAUGGAUGAGAAAUUUUUCACUGGGUACCGCAAAAAUAUUAUCAAACCAGAAGAGAUACUGGUAUCAAUUACAAUCCCUUACUUAGAGAACAAUGACCACUUUUUCGCAAUUAAACAAGCAAGAAGAAGGGAAGAUGACAUCGCAAUUGUUAAUGCUGCAUUCAGAAUCAGACUUAAGGAGGGAAAUUUCGUGGAAGAUGUUGCAUUGUGUUUUGGUGGCAUGUCCACAACAGCAGUGUUUGCGAAGAAUACAAUGGAAGCGAUGCUUGGUAAAGUAUGGGGAAAAGAAAUGAUAGAUAGUGCUUUAUCAAAGCUAGCAAGUGACUUAGCAUUAGACCCACGUGCACCUGGUGGCAUGGUUCGAUACAGACAGUCGCUAGCCCUGAGUUUCUUGUUCAAAUUCUAUCUAAAGAUUGGCCAUGACGUCAGAACUGAUCUCAAGACCAGUGAAGAAGAGUAUAUGAGUGCACUGAAGCCUUUAACGAAAGGUGAAUUAAAAAGUAGCCAACUCUAUGAUGGCAGUAACGGGAAAUGUGUGGGAAAACCCAUUGCUCACUCCUCUGGGGCUCUACACGCAACUGGUGAAGCUGUCUAUUGUGAUGACAUGCCCCGACUCGAGAAUGAGUUAUAUCUGGGAAUGGUCCUGAGUCAGAAGGCCCACGCUAAAGUACUUAAAAUCGAUGCUGGAAAAGCGCUGCAAAUUGAAGGUGUUUACGACUUUGUUUGUCAUGAAGAUCUUUCGACAGAAAGAAACAAAUUUGCAAUAUCGGGUGUGGAAGAUGAAGAAGUUUUUGCUGCCGGAAAGGUUCAGCACUAUGGGCAAGUCAUUGGCGUGAUCGUUGCAAUUGACCAAGCAACAGCUAAGAGGGCAGCGAAGCAAGUAGUUAUCGAAUACGAGGAGUUGCCUCCUGUGGUAACCAUAGAGCAGGCAGUAGAGGCUGGUGCAUUUCACACGAAGGACAUCAGACAUGCUGCAGUCAAUCCUGACACAGCUUGGUCAGCUUGUGAUCAUAUCAUCGAAGGCAGCAUGAGAACCGGUGCCCAGGAGCAUUUCUAUUUAGAAACCCAAGCAGUCAUUGCCAUACCGAAAGGGGAACAUGGUGAAAUGGAGAUUAUAACAUCAUCCCAAAACCCUACCGCUACGCAGGCAGUGGUUGCUAAGGUUUUAGGAGUUCCAGCAAAUAGAGUCAUUUGUAGAGUGAAAAGGAUGGGAGGGGGAUUUGGAGGCAAAGAGACUAGAGGAAUACCUCUUGCAGCUGUUUCUGCUGCUGCUGCAGAUAAGGUUCGAAGACCUGUUCGAAUAAUGCUUGACAGAGAUGAAGACAUCAUGAUCUCUGGCUGGAGACAUCCUUUUGCUGCCAGGUACAAAAUUGGAUUCAACAACAGUGGUAAACUACUAGCGGCUGAUAUCGAAAUGUUCAACAACGCUGGCUGGACAAGGGACUUAUCUGUGUCUGUGCUUGAGCGCGCCUUGUUCAAUGCAACAAACACCUACGUUGUUCCACACGUCAAUGCCAAGGGAAGCUGCUGCAAGACCAACUUGCCUUCAAAUACUGCUUUCCGCGGAUUCGGCGGGCCACAAGGAAUGAUGAUAGCUGAAAACUGGAUAAACGACGUCGCUUUGACUCUUGGAAAAGACCCAGCAGAAGUGCGGGAAGGUAAUUUGCUUAUGAAAGGAGACAGAACAUACUACAACCAAGAGAUCGAAGACGAUGCGUUGCAAAGAUGCUGGAAUGGUUGUUUAGAGCAAAGUCAGUACUGGAAAGUCAGAGACGAAAUCUCAAAGUUCAACUCAGAAAACCGUUGGAAGAAGAGGGGCGUGUCCAUCAUCCCCACCAUGUUUGGCAUUUCGUAUACAGCUUUGUUUCUAAAUCAAGCAGGUGCACUUGUAUCUAUUUACGCCGAUGGAUCAGUGCUUUUGUCACAUGGUGGAGCAGAGAUGGGGCAAGGUCUUCACACAAAAAUCAUUCAAAUUGCAAGCGAAACUCUCAAAACCGAUCGAGAACAUAUCCAUAUCAUUGAAACUGCAACCGAUAAAGUGCCGAACACAUCACCAACAGCUGCAAGUGCCAGCUCCGACUUGAAUGGUAUGGCUGUGUACAACGCAUGCUGCGAGCUGAGUAAACGUCUCGAGCCAUUUCGAAAGAGUAAAGGAACUUGGAAGGAGGCAGUAAAAGCGGCCUAUUUCAAUCGAGUUAGUUUGUCUGCAACAGGCUUCUACGCCACGCCAGGUAUCAAAUUCAAUUCUGAGACUAAAGAAAGAAAACCGUUCGGGUAUUUUACAAAUGGUGUUGCAUGUUCGAUUGUGGAGAUCGACUGUUUAACAGGAGACCAUCGCGUUCUUAAAACCGACAUAGUUAUGGAUGUUGGCAAGUCUUUGAAUCCAGCGAUUGACAUUGGACAGAUUGAAGGUGCCUUUACACAAGGCUAUGGUUUCUUCGUCAUGGAGCAAAUGGUCCAUUCUCCCUCUGGUGUACCAUUUACGCGUGGUCCUGGAGCUUACAAGAUACCAUCGUUUGGCGAUGUACCUUUGGAAUUCAAUGUCACACUUCUUAAGGAUGCACCAAACCCACAUGCUGUUUACUCUUCAAAAGGAAUCGGUGAGCCGCCAUUAUUCUUAGCAUCUUCAGUGUUUUUUGCAAUCAAAGAUGCAAUCAUAGCGGCCAGAAAGGAGCGCGGGCUGAGUGCGGUAUUCAAAAUGGAUGCGCCCGCAACCGCAGAGAGGAUUCGAAUGGCCUGUGAAGACGAGCUCACGAAGAGAAUUCCUAUACCUGAAGAAGGGAAAUGGCAGCCUUGGGGAAUUCAAGUUUAACAUUUUUAACUGUACUCUCUAAGACUUUAUCAAAGCAGAUACUACUUUUGCUCUUUAGCUACAAUUCUGAUAUAUUUUUAAUACCUAUGAUAAUCGUAGUUGAAUUGCAGUAGAAGAUUAUAAUGAAUUGAAUUGUUGGAUAAUUGUUGUUGAAUGGUUUUUAACUGAAAAAUUAUAUGUUUUUAAUUUUUACUUUGAUUUACAAUAUAUAAUCUGACAUUUAUAUAGUAGAAGUUAGGCUAAAGAUAAGAUGCUGUUACUCCGAGUUUUCUGCUUGCGCAAACAUCAGACAGAUUAUAAUGAAAAUAUUCAUACUACCCCGGAUAAGUGUACAAAAGGUGUGAUAAAUUUUGAUAAAGAAAAUGUUGUUAGAUAGAGGUUAAUUAGUUAGGUAGAGUUAUAUUAUUCAUGAGAUACUCAGAAUCAGUUCUCCCUGCCUCUGGUAACAACUGAAUGUCGUAAAAAAUUUAUUACAUUCAAUGGCAUCAAAAUAUGGAAUAAAAUACCCUUAGAAAUUCGUUCUAUGUCAAGUAAAAAUUAAUUUAGUAAAGUUCUUUAUAAGUGGUUAUUGCAACAUUAUUGAAAAUCACGAAUCUUCAGUCAAGCACUCAAUUAUAUCGAAUAUUAAGCUUAACCCCCUCCAAUGCAAACCAUGUUUGAAACUAACUGCAUUGUUCCCUCCCCUAUCUUUUCUACCGUGUUAGUUUCUAGUUGCUUUUUUUUCUUUUUCAUUUCUAUUUUUACCCCCUUUUCUUUUUUGUUCUUUUACUGUUUCUUAUACUAAAAAUUUCAAAUCAUGUAAACAUUUAAAUCUUAAUAUUUUUCAUGUACAAAUGUAUUACAUUUUAUAAACCAAAUUAUUUUUUAUUUGUAAUCAACCGGCACUGGGCACGAAAACCUUUCGGGUUUACCGAGCAGCGUUGGUAGCGCUCGGGGUCAAAUAGGGAACGGGGUCAAAUAGGGAAAUCGGGGUCAUAUAGGGAAAUCGUUAAUAACUCCAAAUAUUGGACUGAUAUCUCAAAACAAACCUCAGAAUCAGAUUCGGUAUGCCUCAAUCUACCUUUUAGAUGCUUAUUUAAUUCAACUACGGAAAUUUUAACAGAUUAAAUGAUAAUGUUUUUCUUCUACGUUAGCUUGAUGCGUGUCUCCGUAGCGACGGGAGCAAAUAGGCAAAACACGUUGAAAAGCUGAUUUAACCAAAAAUAAAUAGCAAAAGGUAGAAAUAACAAUAUAAAAUACAUACUCUCUUCAUAUGCAUCCAAAUUUCACACAUCCUGCAACGAGGGUUACAAGAUUUCUCUAAAUAAAUCACAUGAGUGAUCGACGCGCUCGGGGUCAAAUAGGGAGAUCGCUGUUUUGGUUCAAAUAGGGAAAUCUUCAAAAACAGCAAGGAAAAAACACGAAACAGGGAACUAACCUCAUUUCAGCACGUAAAAUCGUCCAAUCUAUUGUUAACACCAUUUAGCAUGUUAAAAAUCAAGGUAUAUCAUUUGAUAAAUUUAUAUCAAGUCAUCAUAAAUUUAGGCCCUUGUUUACAGAUAGAUCUCCUUCGCAGUUUCGGGGUCAAAUAGGAAAGCUUUAUCAAAUCCGUUUUUUUUGCCGGAAAUCAUUAUUCCAAUAACCUUUUUGAUUCAGGAGAAUGUCCUCAACUAAAGAUUAUUGCAAAUUAAUCACUCUCGGUCCUUGGAAAUGAUGAACAGAUUUUUCUAUUGACAAUGGUGUUUUUCAAUACAUUUUCAUUUUAUUUUCAAUUAAGAACUAGUUGACAGUUACCAUGCAAUAAUAUAUAAAAUUACAAAUAAAAACACUGCUCAAGAGUUAGACCAAAUCUAGUAGAUAUUACAACAGUGAAAAAAUUAUAUAGCAGAAAAGUUACAGUCUAACGAAAACCCCCAAAAAUCAGGCAGCAGUACAUGGACCCCAGAAUGGCCAAGGGGCAAGGGGGCAGGCUUCAGUAAAAAGGCAUCUGAAAAAUUCCCAGCUUCUAUUGACUCUGUUGUAACUGUAUUUCAUUUUGGUUUCGUAAGGUAUCUUGUAAAUGAGUUAACUGCUCUUAUUAACAAGGCUUUUAUAUGAAUUUAUUUAGUGAUUAGAAAGGGCUGAUGUCAAGGGCACUUUUUUGAAAAGGGCAUAUUUGCUCCCUUUGUCCCUCUUAGGAAUUGGCAGGUGAGGUUGUUACCCACCCGACCCCCCAUUAUGCUUUCCCUGCAGCAGUAACUGAAUAGGGCUCUGCCGUGAUUCUAUACAGUUCUUUUUGUAAGAAAGAAAGGUAGUGUAGAGAUUGUUCUGUAAAGCUUAGAGUGCCAAUACCUCUUUAAGUCUUUUUUGGGGUCUUUUCCAUUUGAGUUCUUGAUCCUCUAGAACUCUUAGGCAUUUGACGUUGUUCACAAGUUUGAUAUCUCAAUUUGGAAACAAUCGUUGAAAGACAAGUUCAGGUAUUGAUAAUUUCCGCAACUGUAUUAGACAAAAGGAGCUUGAGGCCUUACUAAAAGACAACUCAUGCAAUGGACAUUAUAGGAUCUUUAACCUUUCUUGAAAUUCUCAACAUUUCACUUUUUGUAGAUUACGUUUUUUACUAAAUUGUAUGUAAAAAGUGUCCCCAAUUAGCAGAAAUGCUAAAUCAAUUUGACACUGAAAUAAAGUUAUAAUAAUUAUUAUUAUUAUGAAGAUAUGUGGCUACAACAUCUGUUGUACUUUUUGCAAGUUUGCAAUGUACUCAGGGACGGAUUUUGCAGGAGAUGUGUAGGGGGUGUGACACACCCCCCCCCCAAUAUUUCUGUAUCCUUUUUGGCAGCCAGUAGUAACAAAGUAACGCAAAGAUUUUACUUUUUAUCUUCUUAUCAGUAGCUUGGCAAUGGAGGGGGGGGGGGACGAGGCUCGGAAAGUUGGUGUAUGGGUAAAGUGAAAAUAUGCAAUGAAAUUAGUACCUCAGUGAGUUUAUAUUUCAGACGAAAUUGAAACGUCUUUGACGACUUCAAGCAAACGAUUGUAAGAAAUAUUCUGAAAUGUAUUUCAAGCUAAUCUAAUGGUUGUAUCGCAAAAUGUUUUGUUCAAAUUGCUUGCAGGAGACCCUCCUUUGCACCUUUACAGAAUAUUUGACAAUUUCCCCUAGUUAUAGGUUUUGGAACUUUCAGCUGAAAAUCGCAGAUUGUUUAAAUAUUAUCAUGAAAGUAGUAAAAAGCUGCAAUUCUGAAAACUGUCGUACAUUGAUGGGACUUAUUGAAAAUGUCAAUGUAAGUAAACAAAUUCUGUGAAAAGAUUUUUAUCGUCACGUCAAUGUAAGUAAAAAAAUACCGCCCAGCAUACAACAUUUUUCCACCAAUAAUCUCGCCACAUUCUCUAUGGACAACGAUAUUGUGGCGUCUGAUACAAGGAAACAUGCACAUGUUGAAAUACAAAGUUUACACUAAUUAAUUGGGGCCUCAAAUGGGGCCCCUGAAACAGAUAAGGCAUCCAAUUCCCCCCCCUUGUUCCAAACAUUCAACAGCCCUGUCCUCCAUCCAUUCUAUACAUACAAACCCAUUCCCAGAUCAGGUACCCUCUUCUUCCUCUACCCAACCCAUUUGGCACGCCCUUCCCAUAGCCACACCCAACCCCGCCAACUCUAACUUUAUGCUAACCCUAACCCUUCCCAUUUCUCCCAGCCCUUUAUUCCCAAAGCCACGCCGUAACAUGUUUAUCCUCUUCACCCACUCAAUUUAAAUGCCUCCAUACACUCUACAGUCCUACUUUAGUAAGCACUCUGUGUCGAUUGCUACUUUUUGUUGAUCGUUAUAAUAUAUAUAUAUAUUUUUUAUUUGUAUUUCCUGACCUUUGCAACCGUGAUCCUGGACGCAGGAUUGCGAGGGGCGCCUACGAGAAAUGGACAUACCGAAUUAAAGCCCCGAAAUGUCCCUCGUGGGUUUCUGGCUGAUGAGUUGCUUUUUUAUCAUUUUCUGCCCACUUACAAGCUAGUUGCUUAAAACAUACAAGGGCACACACAACCACCCCCCAUCUGAGUUUGAGGCUGUAACCAGGUGGUAGUGACUACUCCUUAUCUCCUUUUUUCUCAUUUUUCUAUUUUGGAUUUUAUACUUUGAUUCACAUAUUGGUUUUUUAGUUUUUACCUUCUAUGCCUAUAAAAA